AUGCACGAAUUAGCCGGAGGUGCCUUUCCCAGUAUGCCGCAUACCAAUACCUACAGUGUUUCCGAGAAGCCGCUGGGAACAGCACGCCAUGUACGGAUUGUUACUAUCGGUGCAGGUGCCAGCGGUAUCAAUAUGAUCAGGACCUUGCGGGGGAAACUCACUGAUUACGAGCACGUGGUGUACGACAAGAAUCCGUCGAUAGGAGGAACUUGGUAUGAAAACAAGUACCCAGGUUGCGUGUGCGACAUUCCAGCCCACAACUAUCAGUUCUCAUGGAAUCAUAAUCCUUCAUGGAGUGGUUUCUUAGCGGGCACAGACGAGAUUGAGAGGUACCUCUGCAAAGUAUGCGAGGACGAGAAUAUGGGGCCAUCUAUCAAGACUUCCCAUCGCGUUACCAGUGCCAUUUGGAAUGAGAACAAGGCGAUAUGGGAGUUGCAGGUGGAAAACUUGGAGGAUGGGAAGACCUUCAGUGAUUCUUGUCACUUCUUGUUAAAUGCGACCGGGAUAUUGAAUAACUGGAAAUGGCCCAAUAUCCCCGGUCUGCAUGACUUCAAAGGUGAGCUUAUCCACACGGCAAAUUGGCCAAAAGGCUCCGAAUACGCCGGGAAGAAAGUAGCAGUUAUUGGAAAUGGUUCGUCUGGAGUUCAAGUAGUACCAGCUCUGCAACCGGAUGUAAAGGAGCUGGUGCACUUUAUUAGAUCCCCAUUAUGGGUUGUGCCAUCCCAGCAACAGCUACUCGCCCAGAAACCCAUUGAUAUUCUGCGCGACCUUAAAACGGACGGCAAUAAAUUUACAGCUGAGCAAAUCGAGAGGUUUAAUUCUGAUCCAGAUUACUAUCUCCAGUUUGUGAAGGCUGUGGAGGAGGAUAUUAACUCAAAAUUUCCUAUGCUCAUUAAAGGCAGCGAUGUAGCCAAAUACGCGACGAAAAUGGUCACUAUGUUCAUGGGAGCCGCUUUAGGUGGCAACCCAGAACUCAUGAAAGCACUUAUUCCCGACUUCGAAAUUGGAUGUCGACGACUCACACCUGCCGUUGGCUACCUAGAAUCACUUACAGCCAAGAACGUCCGCGUUGUAACAAAUCCAAUUGAAGAGAUUGUUGAGAAUGGAAUCAAGAUCAGCACAGGUGAAGUUAUUGAGGUAGACGUGUUGGUCUGUGCAACCGGCUUCGACGUCUCCUUUUGCCCACGCUUCCCGAUUAUUGGCAGGAAUGGCAACUUGCAAGAUCAGUGGGCUGAGGACUUGCCAAGGGCUUAUAUGUCUUCCUCAAUACCCGGGUUUCCAAAUUAUUUUAUGUUCCUCGGUCCAAAUGCCCCCAUCGGCCACGGCAGCGUCUUCACUAUCACUGAACAUAUCGCAAAAUACAUAAGCGGUAUAAUCCAAAAAUGCCAAACCGAAUCCAUCCUCUCCCUCUCGCCGCUCCCCGCCGCAGUUGAUGACUUCUACGAGCAUAUCAAUGCAUUUAUGCCGCGCACCGCGUGGUCAGGAACUUGUCGAUCGUGGUUCAAGAACGGGCUGGAGAAUGGGCCGGUGACAGCGCUGCAUCCGGGGAGUAGAAUCCACUGGUUUCACAUGUUGGAGCAGUUCCGGGGCGAGGAUUUUGAAUAUACGAGGGAAAGUAAGAAUCGGUUUGCUUACUUGGGGAAUGGGUUUUCAACCAAGGAAUUGGGCGAUGGGGACAAAACUUGGUAUUUGAACAAGUCCAGCUGA